AUGAAAUUCUCGACUACUUUAGCCUCUUUGGCCCUUAUUUCCAGUUCUUUGGCUGCCCCAAUGGCAGUUCAGCAUCAACACCACCAACACAAGAGAGAUGUUCUUGUUCACGUCACUAAAACCGUUAUUGUUCAAAACGGUGGUGAGCUUGAGACUCAGACUGCCGCUGCUGCCAUCCAGAGUGCCGACUCUACCAGCAGCUCCGACGAUUCUGAGCCAACCACUACCUCUGAAUCUUCUACUUCUUCCUCUGAGUCUGAAACAAGCACCAGCUCUACCCAAUCCUCUUCUAAAUCUUCUUCAACUGGUUCCUCUUCCAUUGACGGUGAUCUUUCUGACUUCUCAAACCCUUCUGAGGAAUUCCAAGAUGGUACUAUCAAGUGUUCCGAUUUCCCAUCUGGAAACGGUGUUGUUUCCCUUGACUGGCUUGGAUUUGGCGGAUGGGCUUCCGUCAUGAACGAGGAUGGUGACACCUCCUCCACUUGUGAAGACGGAUACUACUGCUCUUACGCUUGUCAGGCUGGUAUGUCGAAGACUCAAUGGCCUUCUGAACAACCAUCUAACGGAAUUUCCGUUGGAGGUUUGCUCUGUAAGAACGGCUACUUGUACAAGACCAACUCUGAUUCCGACUACCUGUGUUCUUGGGGUAAGGAGACCGGAAGUGUCAAGUCUGAGAUUUCCGACUCUAUUGCUCUCUGCAGAACUGACUACCCAGGUUCCGAAAACAUGGUUGUGCCAACUUUGCUUGAAGGUGGUUCUGAGAAGCCUCUCAGUGUUGUCGAAGAGGACAGCUACUACCACUGGAAAAAUGGAAAGACUUCCGCUCAAUACUAUGUCAACAACGCCGGUGUUUCUAUUGAGGAUGGUUGCAUCUGGGGUGAUGAAGGUUCCGGUGUCGGUAACUGGGCUCCAUUGGUUCUCGGUUCCGGUUACACUAACGGAAACACUUACCUUUCUUUGAUUCCAAACCCUAACAACAAGGAUGCUCCUAACUACAAUGUCAAGAUCGAGGCUGCUGAUGGCUCUACUAUCAAUGGCGAUUGUUCUUACAUCGACGGUUCUUUCUCUGGUGACAGCACCGACGGAUGCACUGUUACUGUUACCGAGGGAUCUGCUAUCAUCAAGUUCUUUUAG